UGAAAGGAGAAAGUUAAUUCAGUGGGCAGGUCAGGCUUGCAUAUCCUGGGAAUACUUCAGAGACUACCUCCACAGACCUCAGGAAACCACCUACAGGCCUCUUUGCAAAGCCUAGAAUGGGAGGAGGUUUACCUAGCAACUGAUGAUGCUAGGCUGAGACACUCAGUGAUUGGUCUGACUUGCCUACCUAGCUAAUCUGACAACUCUUCCUCUGGGACCCAGGAUUUGGUUAGUAGUUUAGACUCUAAGGGGGGUUGAGUGACCUGGGGACACUUGUGCAUCAAAAAACAGUGGUCCUGAGCAACAGGCACCCUGUUUUCCUCCGUGUGUGGAGACGUUUAUCCAGGCUGGGUCAGGAGAGGCUUGGAGGCCCCUGCAAGAUACAGUCCAGGGGCCUGACCUUCCUGCACCUUCACAGCGUGGGACAUGGCGAUGCUGCCACUCCUGCUGGGCCUCAGUCUGGGCUGUAUGGGAGUAGGUGGCUUUGUGGCUCAUGUGGAAAGCACCUGCCUGCUGGAUGACAGUGGGACCCCGAAGGACUUCACAUACUGUAUUGCCUUCAACAAAGACCUGCUGGCCUGCUGGGACCCAGAGGCAGGAAAAAUAGUUCCCUGUGAAUUUGGGGUGCUGUUUAAGUUGGCUGUAUUAAUUUCGGAUAACCUCAACGAAAAUAAGGCCCUGCUCUGGCGCUUGGGCAAUGGGCUACAGGACUGUACCGCAAACACCAAGCCCUUCUGGGAUGCGCUGACCCACAGAACCAGACCACCAUCUGUUCAAGUAGCCAAAACUAUUCCUGUUAACACAAGGGAGCCUGUGAUGCUGGCCUGCUAUGUUUGGGGCUUCUACCCGGCAGAUGUGACCAUUACAUGGAUGAAGAAUGGGAAUUUUGUCAUGCCCCACAACAUCAAAGAGAAUAUUGCCCAGACCAAUGGAGACUGGACGUACCAGACUGUCUCCUACCUAGCCUUAACCCCCACCUAUGGGGACAUCUACACCUGUGUGGUACAGCACAGUGGGACCUCUGAGCCAGUCCGUCAGGACUGGACAGUCGGACUGUCCCCCAUCCAGACGGUGAAGGUGUCCGUGUCUGCCGUCACCCUGGGCCUGGGCUUCAUCAUCUUCUGUCUUGGCUUGUUCCACUGGCGGAAGUCUCGCUUCUCCAGUUAUGUCCCUCUUCCUGGAUCUACUUACCCAGCAGGACAGCACUAGAGGACAGAAUCCCACACUGAGAAGGAGAUCUUUGAGGAUGCCUCCACGUACCCUCACGUCUUCUGGACACCCUGCUUUCUUGUGUCAGUUCCCCUUCCCCAUGUAAAUAUUAGCAGUUUGGGGGGUGUUCAUAAUGACAUCAUUGUCCCAGGCUGUUUUCUGAGGUGAACAGAUCUGAGGAAGAGUUCGAGACCCCCCCCCCAGAAGAGGGGGUUCAAGGUCCUCCAGAAGAGGGUGUUCAAGGCCUGCCAGUAGAGAGGGCCCGAAGCCUCCUGGAAGGCCCACUCCAUCACUGAGGACAGUAUGUUGUAAGUGAUCAUGCCUAAGAAAUAAACUGGUGGAAUUAC